UGGCGCUUGCGUCCUGCCCUGUGUUUACUGGCCGGGAAGGUCACCCACGUGGGGGUGCGGCUCAGACUCGGUGCGCGGAGAUGCUGGGCGCGUUGCCGUCUCCGGGGCUCACCGGGCGGCGCUCGGUGCUGGCGGCUCUGGGGGUCGCGGCCGCCGCGCUCAGGCCCUUGCUGUGUGGCCUCCCCGGCUGCCGAGCUCCCCGGCGCGGCCUGGGCCAGGAGCCGCGGCAGCACCCGGACUCCCGGCUCCAGCUGCGGCUCCCGGAGGCGGCCGAGGCGGCGCGGCUGGUCCUGGAGAGGGCCCGGUCCUCCCCGCCAUUGCGCAGGUUCAUCGCCUGCCCCGACCUGGCCCGCGCCGUGCACGCGAGCCUGGAGUGUGGCCCGGCCCGUGGCCCCGAGCCCGUCGUCCUGGAGUGCGAGCCGGGUCCUGGAGUCUUGACCCGGACACUACUCAAUGCAGGUGCCCGAGUGGUAGCUCUGGAGAGUGACAGAGCUUUCCUUCCAGAUUUACAGUCUCUGGAGAACAGCCUACGUGGACAAUUAGAAGUUGUUUAUUGUGACUUCUUCAGAUUGGACCCUUUGGGCUGUGGAUCUAUGAAACCACCUGCUAUGUACUCUGAGAAACUUUUUGAAAAUUUGGGCAUCUUGACAGUUCCUUGGACAGCAGAUGUUCCUGUAAAAAUUAUUGGAUUCCUUCCCCAAAAAAAGGAAAGAAACACUCUUUGGAAGCUUAUCUUUGUCAUGUAUGAACGCAGUUCCAUAUACAGAUAUGGAAGAAUAGAACUGAACAUGUUUGUUAGUGAAAAAGAGUACAAGGUAUUGACUGCAAAACCAGGUGAACUAAGGAGUUAUCAAGCAUUAAGUGUGCUAUGGCAAACUGCCUGUGAAAUUCAGCUUCUCCACAUGGAACCUUGGUCUUCAUUUUUGACUAAUUCAAAAACCAGGGGACUUGCAAUACCGAAGAGCACGCUGCUGCCAAACGACCACUUAUGUUUAGUACGAAUGACCCCACGGAGGAAUUUAUUUACAGGUGGCAUGACAACCACAAAUUCAUCUACCUUUAUUCUUAUGGUAAAACAGUGUCUUGCUAAACGCAAGUCUAAACUAAUUGAUAGACUUAACUCAUGGAGUCCAGGCAGUGGGAGUAAACUGUUAAGAGAGCUAGAAAUACCGGAAAACAUUAUAACAGGCAAUUUGUACCCAGAAGAAUACAGACGCCUUUUUGAAGCUAUGGAACACUCUAAAGAAUUUAGUCAAAGCUGGCUCUAUGAUGAAGUCUUGGAAAAUAACAGGAACAUAAAUUUCUAAAUCUAAACCUGCUGGUUUUGAAACAAAUUAUUUGUUUCAGUGACUAUAUUGUGAUGCAAAUAAUAAGAAAUGGGCUCAAAAUCUUAGAAGUCCAUCAGUAAAGAUUAUGUUGUCCCCUGCACAAAUCAGAAGAUAAAAGUCGCAUGAGAUUCAACAGCCUGUCUACACAGGGAAAAAAACUGUUUAAACCAUGUGUAGGCAUGGCAGUUAACAGGUUGUUCUGUGUGCAUGGGAUUGAAGUCAAAUGUUGCAUCUUCUCCAGCAGCAUAAUGGCAACUGUUGUUGCUCUUGGAAAUAUGGCAUAAAAUGUACUGCGUUUUUUGCUACUCUACUGUAUAUUUGUUAUAUUUUAAAUAGUAUGAGACCAAAUACUUGUGCAUUUUGGAUUUGGGUGUCAGAAUACUUAAUUAUUAUGAUUAACUCUUUCACAGUGCCCCAAAAUGUUUAUAUCCUUUACAAAUAUAAGACCUAUUUUCCUUCUCCCUGGCCUAAGGAAUAUAGUCUAAAAUUGACAUGAUACAAUAAUAGUUACGAACAAAGGGGUGAGGAAAAAUGGGAGAGUGGAAAACAGUAGAAUAAUAUGGGUACUGAGGUUAGUUAUAUGUAUUUCUUGUUUUAAUGUAUGCUCUGCAUUAUAUGUCUACUAGAGCUGGUGUGGUGGGGAGAGAGGAAUAUUCAUAGUAAUUUUUAAAAAUUGAAAUUUCAAAAUUCAGAAGACAUUGAUCACUCUUCUACAUACCCUGCCAUCCAUUCACAUGCAUAUAGUCUUUGCUAUCUUAUUUGCAUCUAAAAUUUUUCCACCAGACCUUUGAACAUUGUAUAAACUAUGAAAAUUGUCUCUUCCCCACAACCUAUGCCCUUUAUAUAAUAUGUAAAAUGUGUGUAUAUUAUAUGUAUAUAAGCAUAACCCACUAAAAUUUUAUUCCUAGCCAGAGUACUUGUUUACACUCUCCUCAGCCACUAUUCUCCCUCAUUAACUAACUCUUUCUUAUUUCCCCUGUACAUUUGAUGGUGGGGGGGUGGGAGGUGUCAAGGAGUGUUCCUCUAAGUGUCCAGGUACAAGACAACAGCCUAUCUGUUAAGUAUAGGCUCGGGUACUGGGAAGUUGUGCUGCUUCAGUCUCUGCUAAUGGAGAAGUAUGUCUUGAUUCUCCAGGAGGGAUGGUAGGAAGCACUGGCUGGGCCAUUAUCCCUGCCCUACUACUGCAGUCCCUGCUACUGGAGAUAAUCUGCGGACAAUCUUUUGCAAUACAAGACAAAAGGACUGUUUCAUGUAAUCUCCGUUCCCUCCUACAACAUUAGCUAUGUCCUGGAGUAAUUCUUGCAUAUUGGGAUUAUCUUCCCAUUCACCUUUCCUGACUCUUAGAUAUUAUAAGAAUUUGUAUUUACAAGAUGAUCACCAUUGCUGAGUUAGCAUAUAACAGGAGCAAUUUAAUUUCUACUGUAGCAGUAAUAGGUGAUAACUGAAUGUUCUUGCUGAUACAGCCAGCCAGCAAAAGAUAAUAUCGCAGCUCCUCCUGUGCAUUUUUUCUCGGGCAUCAAAUGCCUGGUUCUUGUUGCAGCAAGAUAUCUGCACUAAAUCAAGAUGCUAAAGAAUAAAGGGGAGACUGUCAUUAUAAAGUGACUGAUUUACCUGUGUUACUGAUAACACUAAAAUAUGUGAGCAGUGAAUUGGAAAAAAAAUAAUUUACUGUCACUCUUAGUGCUAUUUGUUUACAAAACAAUAAGGCAGUGCACACACUCCAGGAGUCAGUACAUGGUAUAGUGGUUGGAGCAGGGGAUUGGAAAUUAGGAGAUUUGAGUUCUGGUUCUGCUAUUAACUCUGACCUUGGGCACGUCUUAUGUAAAAUGGGGAGAAUGAUGCCUGCCUUUGUAAAGUGAGAUCCCAAAAGGUGCAAUAAGUGUAAAAUACUGGCUUUAUAGCAGUCAACUUGGACUUAAAACUAAAGUGUCUAUAGCUUCACUUCUUUAAUCUCAUGUACUAGCCCAUUGUUGCAAUGAUCUGUUUGCAACUCAGAUGAGGUCUCAGUGCCACUCAGUUUUGGCCUAGCCACUUAUCAAACCUGAGUGGUGCUGUGACCUCGUAUGCCAGAUCACAAUGCCCACAGUGGGAAGCCAGGCCCAGUCCUGGGGAACAGAAUCUGCUGCUGCAGGGUGAAAGCAAGGUAUGCUUACUUUCCACCACCCUCACCCCCAGGCCUCCCCUCCAGAGCAGGCCUGCAACUCACAUAGAACCUUCCCACAACCCAUUGAGUAAAUGCAACAACCAAGUGUUCUUUUCUAAUUUUUUUUUUACCCAGAGUCCAUUUGGAGGGAUUGUAUAUUUAUAAAGAAGUCCUUGUUCCAUGCCAGUGUAGCAUCCUUCCAGCACUUUUAAGGCAGCACAAUAGUUGGUGCUUUUGUAUAUACUCUGGCAUAUGUGGGCCUUACUUAUCAGCUGUUCCACAACAUGAUACCAGAGGAUACAGUUGGUGAUGAUGUAAUUGAGUUAAUAAGGACAGAAACAGGAGAUGCAUCCAACACAAAGCUGGUUGUAAUUGUGUGGAAAAGAAGAGAGAGGGCUGUAGUCAUGGGACAGUCAUAUCCCAAAUCUUUAGUUUGCAAUAGUUACUUAAUCCAAACAGCAAUUAAAAAUGAUUGGUCAUCUCUUGUAUAUGCCCUUCAAAAUGUAGUGAGAUGAGACUAUUGAUAGGUAUUCUAUUGGCAAGUUAAACAAUAUUUCUACUCAGAGGGCUUGAAAUAUAAUAUUGUCUGUCUUGUAAAACAAGUCUUUUGGGAUGAAAGUUGAAUGCUGAUCCAGGUACCUAGUUCUGAUUCUUUGCCAUGGAGGAGAACCAGCUUCAUGUGGAAGUCUGUCUUUGUUCCUGACCAGACUGAGUUCAGCAUGCUCAGUUAUUCGGGAGAAAAUGUAUCCGGAUUUUCAAUAGUGUCCUCUGCAGACGACUAAGGAGCAAUAUCGAUGAGCUUAGAAAGAAGACCCAUGUACUUAGGAUAACGGUUGUAGUGUGGGAGAAGUAAAGUAGAUCAAAAUGGGGGUUAUUUCAGGGGACCCACAGAACUGCUCUGAGCAGGGGAACGGGGUGGGAAGAGGAAGUGUGAAAGAGAAUGCUUUGCAUCUCUUGUGUUGAAUUAAAAGAAAUAAUACAUUUAUGUUGUGGAAAAUGUAAGAAAGAUGAUUCCAGAACAGACCCCGGAUUUGGCCUGACCAUUAGAAAGAAAUGUGUCUCAGCUUGCUCUCUCAACCUGCUGAGUUUGUGCCAAUUGAAACAGGCCUGCCAGUUUGCAAGGUCUGUGCUAAUUGUAGAAAAAACAUCCAGAGACAAAGAGUUUGUUCUAAAAGUAACAAGAUAACAGCUGUGCUUUAUGGCUGGUACAACUUUGUUUCCUAAACUCCAGAAUAAGAUUUAUUGAAGUCUGCCAUGUCCCACUGAUUUUAGAAUGGUUAUGUUAAAGGAUGGGUAGGUAAUUAAAAUGCAAAUGUGAUAGGAUAUACGUUGGAGUGUAAGUGUGAUUGUAUGUAUGAUUAAAUGAGGAAUGAAAGAUUAAAGAUUGAGAUGCCAGCCUUAAAAUAAGACCAUUUGGCUGAAGAAUACAAUGGACAAGAUAGCCUGAUAACCCAGAGGGCAUACUUGCCCCAAGGACAGGAGGGCCGAAGAACCAGAUAACAACAUACUGUCAUUCCGUCAUUGCUGUGCCAUCUGCGUGAUUGAUUACCACUUCAAACAUGAAACCAGCAUGACAAGGCAAAUGCAUGAGGAUGGAUCCCUAUGAGAACAGACCCUGAAGACUGAGGACUUUGGGGUCUGAUUCUGCCAACCAACUUCCAGGAGCAUCAGAUGUGCAUCUGACAAGGUCCUGCUCCCUCAUGUCCAGGCCACCUGGCCAGUGGCUUGGCUUGAGCAACUCUAAGGCUGGUAACUAUGAUGAUAACCUUGCAGAACCUGUGUGUGUGUGAAUGAAUGUGAAAUUGAAUGGAAUGUUAGAGCUAUAACUGACUGCUUACUAUGAUUCUUUCUGUAUUCACAACAUGGCAUUUUGCCUUAUCCCUUUUAAUAAGAUCCUGCUGAUUUUUAUUUUAUUGGUAUAACAUUGUAUAUCACUGUAGGGUUUAUUCUGAAAAAAAAAUCUGAAUUUUGCAAAAUAUGAAAUGUACCUGUGUAUUAUAUCAAUUGUUUUUCUAGUUUGUUUCAAAUAAUUCUAACCAUAAUUCUCAGAAUUUCACAUGCCUAAAUUGUUUGAAAAGAUUUAGUGUCAAACAGUUUUAUUCUUCAUCUGGAGCAGGGUUUUGCCCAAAUAGCAGGGAGUCACGUUGCAUGAAAAAGUGGAACUUAUUACCUUAAGAGAGAGAGGCUCUUAACAAAAUGAUCCUGUACUUUAGUGCCACGAUAGCCAUGCACAUCACAAAGGAUCAUGGCAGGAUCAGGUAAAGAUAAGAUGUAUCUAUACACUGAUGUGUCAAGAAGCACAUAAAGGUAGGGGAAAGAUUGAAAUGGCAUUUUGAUUUGUGGAGUUCCUAAUGAAGAUCUGUACAAACUGAUGCCGUAGGCUUAAAUAUCUUUUUGACCACUGGUCCAUGACCAGUGCUUAGAACAGGGCCUGAAAGCAUUUUUGCUUGUCCUGCCAAAGUAUUCCUUGACCUUAGUGACAUAAUUCAUUACAAUUAUGGCCUUAACUUGUUUUAAAUGUUAACUGUUAAAGCGUAUUAAAGAAAGCUAAUCCCUCUGCUGCAGUUCUCUCUUCCAAUAAAAUGCAAGAAGUCAUUUGAAGCCUAGUCAUAAACAGCAGCUCUUAUUGAACCCAGAGGAAGGAACUAAAUCCCAAUGUGAAAUAAAUUGAAGAAAAAUAUCAAGACCUUGCUAUUCAAACAUUUCUCUUAAUUCUGUUGAGCCAUGGUAAGUGCCUUGGAUUGAAACAUUUUUUUAACUAUUGAGAGGCUUAAAGGUAUUGAAAAAAUGAUUCUAACUGAUUCCUGUGCUUUAAUAUCUUGCUUCCCCACUCCCAAAAUUCUGAUGAGAUUUUUAACAAUCAAUAUCUCAACCAACAACAGAUAGUUUAAUGCCAUUUGAAAGCUGGAAUCAGAGGGUUUAUUUAGAUGGUAAAGCUUUGGAUUCCAGUUGCACUAUUUGUGAUAGCAGCUACUACGGUAGUCUGAAUUAAUACUUGGGCUAGAAACAAAUGCUAGCCCUGGUUGCUUUGGAAAUAUGACUAUAAGCCUUUUGCUAGUUCCUUAGAACAGAAAGGCUAUUGUGACACUGGUUCAGGACUGCAUACAGAUGCAUACUCUAUAUACUCAAUAACCUUUUGUGCUAUGGAUUAGAUAGUAUAACAUUAAAUUCCUGGAGGACAUAGUUGGGAAUUUUAGAGAAUUAAAAAUAGCUCAUUGAAAGUGUAGUGAAAUAUAUACUUUAAUUCAGUUUCUUCUUGUAGUUUUUCUUAGAGGAAAGUAUAGGUGUUUCAAGGGAGAGGAGCAUCAAAUUAUGUAAUUCAAAAGUGGAAAUUGGUGAAAUUGGACCAUCUUUUUACCUCACAACAAUGAAAAAGAACACUUAAUUUUAUGACUGCAAAAUAUAUUUUCAUUCUUAAAUCUUAUAAGUAUGUAAACUUUAAAUCUAUUUUGGUAGACACGUGUUGGCUUUACUUAUAUGAUUAUGCAUAUAGUGCCUUAAAUUUGCACUAAGAUAUGUUCCCAUCUCUAAAGAUGGAGAUAGAUUACAGUUACAUACUACUACAUUGUCAGUAGUUUUAAUGCUUUUAGCAGUUCUAGCUGUAAGAUGCACCUAAAGGUGACCUGAAAAGGAGAAAGAAAAAAGGUUUGAAGUCUUUAUUUACUGCCUUAUGUAUAAAAGAGGCCUAAAAAUAGUGUUGGAAGUUUUUUUGUUUUCCGAAAAGUAUCUGACUUCUUAAAACUUUAAUCCCCGUGCCCCAUCAUGCAUACAUGUAUAAUCAAGCCUAAAAUCACUUUCAUUUUUCAGAUUUUAUAAAAGCAAAGCUAGAAAUCACAUAAAGGAAAAACAGAACUACAGAGAUUUGGUGUCAUUUCAUAUCAAGAGAUCAAUAAGUCACCAAAGUACUACACAGAAAGAUAAUUCAGCAGAGCCUAUAGAAAAUCAGAUAGCAUAGUAAACUCAAAACAUUCCUUUGGCCAGGACGUUCCCGUUGACUUCAGUUGCAAUUCUAUGUUCCAAGGCUUGCAGCAGCAGUCCUAUAAGAGCAGCAUAAUGAAUUCCCCUAUUCCUGCCAGUUGCACUGAAUACAUCUCAAGUUCACACCAGAGCCAUAGAUUAUCAUACUAAAAUAUUUAAAAUUGUGUGAGGCAGAAAAAUUGUGGGGUGUCUCCUUUGCAUUUUACAUAUUUUCUUAUUGUAGCACUUAAUUUAUAUAGUAUUGUCAUAUAAAACCGCAAGAUUUUUAAAUUACCUUGGAUACUAAUUAAGUUGUAAGCUCCUUGGGGCAGGGUCUGUCUCUCAUAUAUUGGAACAGCAUUUGGACCUCAGGAUGCUAUUGUGUAAUACAAAUAAUAAAAGAUUGAUGUGGCAGUUUAAAUUCCACAGAAUAACAUGAAUGAAUUUAAAUAAAUCUUUUGAAGAAUA